GUUAUUCGUUCAUCCUCGUCUGCCCGAUCAUCACUUCUCCACUCUCAUCCCGCAGCUUUCCUCUUUUCAUCUGAGCGUCCGUCUCAAAUGGAAAUCUGAAGUGCUCCACUUUCGCAGUUUCUCACCUUUCAAAGAAAAAGUGUAGCGUUGCUGCCGGGGUACACUGGAGCUCGGUGUAAAUCUGUAUCCUGCCAAGCUGGUUCCAGACCGCGGGAAAAGUGUGCAUAAGUCAAGGGGGGUCACACCUCGGGCUCCUCUACUUACUUAACCCCCUCUGGUCCCGAGAUACGCAAAUUGCCAGGUCUUCUCCUCCUCUACACACCGCUCUGCUGGCUGCUCCUAUAGCUCCUGGAGAACGCCUCCUCUUCACGCUGCCUCGGACACCAGGAACCUGCCGCCACGUCAAUCACGUCCUCACAGCCGGCUGCAGGGCGGCCCUCGUGGCCGGGAUGCCACUGUGUACCCUGCCAGUCGGCGGUGGAUCCUGAGGGGCAGGAGCUGCCCACCCAGUGCAGGGGGCAGAGGAACAAGCACCCUGACCUCGACAUGAAUCUCUGCUGGAACGAGAUCAAACGCAAAUCCCACAACAUAAGGGUACGGCUGGAGGCCUUUUCGGACAACAGCGGGAAGCUCCAGCUGUCCCUACAGGAGAUCAUCGAAUGGCUGACGGCUAAAGACGAGGAGCUGUCCGAGCAGCUGCCCAUAGGUGGUGAUGUGGGAGCGGUGCAGCACCAGCGGGAGUUCCACCAGGCUUUCAUGGAAGAUGUCAAAUCCAGAGGGCCCUACAUCUACUCGGUGUUGGAAUCAGCUCAGACCUUCCUGGCACAACAUCCAUUCCAGGAGCCUGAGGAGACUUUGCCUGAUGGCAAAGAAGUUUCUCCUCGCCGGCGAAUGCUGAAUGUAAGUCGCUCCGUGUGGAAGCAGGCCAAUGUGGCCAGUGACUUGUGGGAGAAGUUGACGGCACGCUGCGUGGACCGACACCGGCACAUGGAGCGAACCCUGGAGAGGCUGCUGCAGAUCCAGGCCGCCAUGGAGGAGCUGGCUGUGGCUCUGGAGCAGGCGGAGGGAGUAAGGGACGCCUGGGAGCCUGUGGGAGACCUGUUUAUUGAUUCGCUGCAGGACCAUAUAGACGCUACCAAGCUAUUUAAAGAAGAGCUGACCCAGGUGAAGGAAGGAAUGAAACACAUAAAUGACCUGGCCCACCAGCUGGCCAUAUCUGAUGUGCACUUGUCCAUGGAGAACGCCAGAGCUCUGGAGCACCUCAACAACAGAUGGAAACUUCUGCAGGGGUCUAUUGAAGAACGUCUGAAACAGUUGCAAGAUGCCCACAGAGACUUUGGCCCUGGAUCACAGCACUUUCUUUCCAGCUCUGUCCAGAUUCCUUGGGAACGUGCCAUAUCCCACAACAAAGUGCCAUACUACAUCAACCAUCAGGCUCAGACAACCUGCUGGGACCAUCCAAAGAUGACUGAAUUAUACCAAGCUCUGGCGGACCUGAACAAUAUCAAGUUCUCUGCAUAUCGGACGGCCAUGAAGCUGAGGCAUGCACAGAAGGCUUUAAGAUUAGACCUUCUGAAAUUAAGCAGCGUGGUGGACGUGUUUCGAGAACAGGAGCUGCAGCAUGCCGAGCACGUGAUGGAUGUGGUCGAUGUCAUCCACGCUCUCACUUCCCUGUAUGAGAAACUAGAAGAGGAGAGGUCCGUCCUGAUCAAUAUCCCCCUGUGCGUCGACAUGUGUCUCAACUGGCUGCUGAAUGUUUACGACAGUGGUCGUAAUGGUAAGAUGCGAGUGCUCUCCUUCAAGACGGGCCUGGUUAUUCUAUGCAAUGCAGACAUCCAGGAAAAGUAUAAAUACCUUUUCAGACAGGUGUGUGGUCCAGGUGGACUGACAGAUCAGAAACAUCUCAGCCUGUUACUGCACGAGGCUAUUCAGAUCCCUCGGCAGCUCGGGGAGGUGGCGGCGUUUGGAGGAAGCAACGUGGAGCCCAGUGUCCGCAGCUGCUUUCGAAUGGCUCCAGGUAAAUCAGCAAUCGAGGUGUCUCACUUUCUGGAGUGGAUGAGCUUAGAGCCUCAGUCGGUGGUGUGGCUUCCUGUUCUACACCGGGUAACUGUGGCUGAGACCGCCAAGCACCAGGCACGCUGCUACAUCUGUAAGCAGUGCCCUAUCAAGGGCUUCAGAUACCGAAGUCUAAAACAGUUCAAUGUGGACAUCUGCCAGACGUGUUUCCUGACGGGCCGUACUACCAAGGGCAAGAAACUACACUACCCCAUCAUGGAGUACUACACCCCGACGACCUCAGGCGAGAAGAUGCGGGACUUCGCGAAGACACUAAAGAACAAGUUCCGCUCGAAGCAGUAUUUUAGUAAACACCCUCAGAGGGGAUACCUGCCAGUUCAAUCAGUACUGGAGGUGGAGAGCUCUGAGACCUCAUCAGGCUGGGAGGCCAUCUGGCUGCUCAGGCCCUGCUCAUCUCCCAGGCUGCCUCAUGCGGACACACACAGCCGGAUCGAGCAUUUUGCUAGCAGGUUGGCAGAAAUGGAGAACCAGAGCUGUUCCUUUUUCACUGACAGUCUCUCUCCAGAUGAAAGUUUGGAUGAAGAUCAGUACCUCCUACGUCACUCCAGCCCCGCCCUCGAGCAGGACUCCCCCCAUGGCCACCUGCUGGCCCACCUGGACUGCCAGGACCGAGAAGAGCUGCAGUGCACCCUCCAACGCCUGGAGAACGAGAACAGGGUGCUGCAGGGCGAGUAUCGGCGGCUGAAGUGGAAGCAUGAAGAGGCAGCAGCUUCACCCCAGCUGCUGGAGUCGGGUCCCGGUUCACCGGCCGGACAGCAGGACGAGGAGCUCCUAGCCGAGGCUCGAGUCCUUCGACAGCACAAGACCCGUCUGGAGACACGCAUGCAGAUUCUAGAGGACCACAACAAGCAACUGGAGUCCCAGCUACACAGACUCAGAGAACUACUGCUGCAGCCCAAAGACGACUCGGAGGCCAAUGGCUCGGCUCCUUCUUCUCUAUCGUCUCCUGUGUCAGGGGGUGGCCACCAGGGGGAGCCUCCCAGUAGAGAGACCACGGACACCGAAGCUGCAGGUGAAGAUCUGGAUCAUGAGCAGGACACCGUACUGCAGCUGCAGCAGGUGAUCGAACAGCUGAGGAACGUCUUCCCGUCUGAGCCAGGUCCAUGAGGAACCGGAAGCAAAACUCCCAGGCCUAUAAUUGUGCAGGGUCUUGAGAACGCGGGGCUGGCGAAUCCAUGGACAGACGAGGCGGCAGGGAGAAGAGUUUCAAGACAAACUUCUCAGCCUGGGGCCAUUUGCCAAUCCCAAAGAGCUGUGGGAUAUCUGAGUGCUAACUAAACAAACUAAUGUUUACAUGGUGCCAAAGGCCUGCUCUGAUCCGGACACUGUGCUAACCCGUGUAGUAAUGCAAAGUGUGUGGCUUCAUCAGUACAGCACAAGAACCACAAACAGGACUUACAGUUCACCACGCAGAAGGGGGAUCUCACCUUGUGCCAGCAACUGCUGUGUACUCUUUUUUUCCGUUUUGAAAAUGGUUUAUUAUUUUCUGUGACUCACUUAUGCACAUAAAUACAGAUAUACACAUAUACCGAUUGUAAGUCAUGCUUGGCAAUGCGUGGCCCUUGUUCUGUGAAGCAGAAAAGAGCAGAUUCCCUUGAACUGUUGGGACACACAGCAAGCUUACAUUUACACUGUAAGGACGACACGUCUUCUGUUGAGGCUAUCAUUUAUUUAUAUGCCAAAGUGCCCAUGAGCAUUAUGCUCCUGCCCUUAUAUUCUUUCUCUCUUUCAAAUAAUAAAUGCAUAUGUACACAGACACACACUGCAAAAAUCAUUUUCUUGGUCAGUAUUUUUGCUUUGUUUUAAUCACAAAUAAUACAAACAACUUUCAAACAACAUUCAAAAGUUUGAUCCAGUAAAAUAUUUUUUUUCUUUUGUAAUCUCUGUUCAUUAAAUAAUCAUCUAAUUAUUAAACAGCACAACUGUUUUCAGAACUGAUAAUAAGAAACGUGUCUUGAACACUAAAUAUGCAUAUUAGAAUGAUUUCUAAAAAGGAUCAUGUGAUGUGACAAUGAAAACUGUAGUAAAAAGCUGCUUAAAAAUUCAUUCAUCAUUUAAUUUUAAAUAAAUAGUCAUGUUAGUUUGUAAUAAUAUUUUACAGUUACUGUUUAUUCAAUAAAUUCAUGGUAAGGAUAAGAGGUCAGGAAAAAAAACAUAGAAAACAUCUUACCAAUGCCAAACUCUUCAAAGCAAGAGUGUAUUUAUUAUAGUGUGUAACAGAGAGCAGCUUAUGUUUCCUAAUUAAACUGGCAAAAAUGGAUUUCUUCAUCUCAACAUAUGCCGUUUUUUUUUUUUUUUUUUUUUUUUUUUUAAACCAAGGUGAGUUUCAAUUAGUUUCAGUGGUAACAUAAAUUAUUCAAUGAAUGUUGUCAGUUGAGCACAACUUUUAUUGAAUCCAAAACAUUUCUAACUAAAUAUAGUGAGAUUUAUGCUUAAACCAAGGAGGGGGAAAAAAAUUCAUUAAAAAAUGUAUUGACUGAGAUCACAUGUAAUCCUAAAACUGCUUCUCAGAUAAAUGUAUCUUGUUUUUAAGGAUGUUUAGAUAUUUCCUUUGGAUAACGUGACAAAACCUUGAUUAAUAAAUUGAUUUUUUUUUGCAGUGUAGCCACUAGUACAGAAAGCAUUUAUUGAGGAGAUGAGCGGAUUUCUCAGCUGUUGGUUUUCAGGUCACAAGGGAAAGGUCUUUCAGGAAUGGAGAUUUGUUGUGUUGUUUUAUUGUCAGAGCACUCGCCGUUAAAUUACAGCUGUCCAGCGUGGCGUGAACAAGAAGGUAGAUACCAAAUAAGACGAGUCGAUGCCAGGUUCGGCCCUUUUCACCUUGGCUUGGGAAAGUCUUUUACACUCAAGUCACAGCCUGACUCAUUUUAAACCCAGCACAGCUCUUAUUAUCCCUUCAGAGCUCCCCCUUAUUUUUUUUUUCCUAAAGAAUACCAGUCUUACAUCUCACUGUAUUAUUGUCGUCUUCCUGAUGUAAGUAUUUUGUUUACCAAAUGCUGUUCUCCAGAUCUCAGCGUUUCCACAAUCUAAGGAAGAAAAUGAAAGUGAGUGUGUGGAAGGAUUAUUUUACAUUAUGCCGAAAGAGGAGGACGGCAAAUGUAUCACGCUCUUUGUAAACAGAGAAAGAGGGCUUUUUUUUUUUUCGUGGAGUGAUUUACUGUGGGGUGUCAGAUUUAUAUGAGCAGAGAAGAUGCUGGGGGUGUAGUGAGUAGAAAAGAGAAAAAGAUUGUGAGCGGGAAGAGAUACGGUGUGAAGGAAAGACUGCAAAUGGGAAAGAGAAAAGUGUGUAAAUAUUCACUGUGAAGGGUUGUGGCACUGCAGCCCCUGCAAACAGGAUUGAGAUGAUUGCAGCUGAGAGGGAAAGAGCUGUUCUCCAUUUGUUUUGGGAAACGUGUUGCAAGUAUAGCGAUCACUCGCUUUCCCCUUCUCCAGAAAAACACAAAGUGACCCCUGUUGCACUGUAGGUUUUGCUUGAAUCCCACUGCAGCAUCGCCGGCUUUCUUUCGCACGCAUUCUGAUCUCAUUUUACAUCACAGUGGCGAGCUGUCUGUUUGUUUUGAUGUGGUUGCUAAGGAACUGUCCCCAAGGACACGGUGCUGCAGUUGGUCUUUAGAAAGGUGGGGUGACUUCAUAAUGGAGGAGAUACAAAUAAACAUAUGGAGGAAGAGAGAGGGGUACAUUCGGGUCCCCUCCGCCCCAUAUGCCUGCCACUGUUUAACUUGCAUGGCUCCUCAUUAAGAUCAACAUCUGGUGUUCUAUCCACAGCGACAUCCAUUUAUCAUUCCAGUGCUUCUUCGGGACAAAAGCACCGCACACAUGCAGACGCACACAUUGAAGUAUGCGCAUUGCGAUUCGGUGUCUUUCUCCAGCUCCCUUUCUGUUCCACGCCAAACAGUCUCAGCUGAUCCAGGGCUGUAAAUGUGUGGAUUGUCUGAAGCUCAUUUCAACACUUUUUUUUUUCCCAGUAUAACAUCCAAACAUCUUUAAAACAAGAUACAUUUACUAAAUUUAAUAUUAUGAUUUAUUUUUAGAGAUAGGCCUAUACUUUACAAUUAAGUUCUUUUUUUUAACCCAAUUUUAUUGAAAGUAUAUUUGACAUCUUAAGUAAAAUAGCUUAAAUUUGAAGUUUCUUUUUCUUAAUAAAUUUCCAAAUCGUAUAAAUAAUCUCCAAUUGGGUAAGAAUAAAGAAUGAUUCAAUAUAUUCUCUGAAAAGAAUAAACAGUUUUUCAAAUAAGUGAAUCGUGUCUUAAGCAUAUUUAGAUAUUUCUAAUAGAAAGCGAGACAAAAUGCUGAUUAAGAAAAUGACUUUUAAGCCUGUAGAAAGGGAGAUGACUUGUUAAACUUUUUUUUGUUUUUGUUGCAGAUUAUGAUAUAUAGAGCUUCAACAUGGUAGCAAAUCAUGUAGCAUUAUGUAAUACAUGGCAAUUCUUCUAUUUGCAAAAUAUAAUAAUUCUCCAUUCUGGCAUAUAUGUAUAUCUACUAUUCCUUAAUAUGAUCUUUUUAACUCAUAAUUGCUCCCUUGUCUACUUUUAGAAAAUGAUAUGUGCUGCAUUUGUGAAAUGUUUUCAAUUACAGAAGGAAAUAUUUUGUGGAUUUGACCGCAUUGCUAAGGGCUGCCUGAGCUAUAUUUAGCUAUCUGCCUCAUUAACAAAUACGCUCAUUAUUUUUGUUUGUGUGUAGCAGACCUGUAUGUCACGACCCCAAUACGUCUUUGGUUUUGCAGGCUUGUUUGAAAUGUUGAACUACACAACUGGUUUAACCCCUGAACCUGUGGCAUCGCCCAUUACACACCAUGACAAAUGACCUGAAUACAAAUAUUACGUUUUAUUUGUGUCCCUGCAAUAUAUUCGUUCUGUUUUUUUUUAUGUUUUGAUUUCCAUGUGCAAUGCAGUUUUAUUUUUAAUUAUUAACCAUAAUAAAUCUUAGAGUCUUAGUUUUUUGUUUUUGUGUUUUUAAUCUGUACAAAAUGUGAAAGGAAGGCAUUUUGAAAACUGAAUGAGUUACUGGCUGCUUUCUACUCAUUGUGUACAAAGAAAUAAAUUUUUAUUUGUUAUA